AUGCUUCGAUUAAAUCUUUCGACGACUGUUUCAAUGGGAUUUCGACUGGUAGCUAUGGUGGCUCUAUUGUUUUCCCAUGUUGACCAUAUAACUGCAGAAUCAGAGCAGGAAACAGGAGGAAAUGAAACCACUGAAUGUACUGGCUCAUAUUACUGUAAGAAAGGGGUGAUUCUGCCCAUUUGGGAACCCCAAGACCCAUCUUUUGGGGAUAAAAUUGCUAGAGCAACUGUGUAUUUUGUGGCCAUGGUCUACAUGUUUCUCGGAGUUUCUAUCAUUGCUGACCGGUUCAUGUCCUCUAUAGAAGUCAUCACAUCUCAAGAGAAAGAAAUAACCAUAAAGAAACCCAAUGGAGAGACCACAAAGACUACAGUAAGGAUCUGGAAUGAGACCGUGUCAAACCUGACCUUGAUGGCACUGGGAUCUUCUGCUCCUGAGAUUCUACUAUCAGUCAUUGAAGUGUGUGGCCAUAACUUCACUGCAGGAGACCUUGGUCCCAGCACCAUCGUGGGAAGUGCUGCCUUCAACAUGUUCAUCAUCAUUGCACUUUGUGUUUAUGUGGUCCCUGAUGGAGAGACAAGGAAGAUUAAGCAUUUGCGUGUUUUCUUUGUGACAGCAGCCUGGAGCAUCUUUGCCUAUACCUGGCUUUAUAUAAUUCUGUCUGUCAUCUCUCCUGGUGUUGUGGAGGUCUGGGAAGGAUUGCUUACUUUCUUCUUCUUUCCCAUCUGUGUUGUGUUCGCUUGGGUAGCAGACAGGCGCCUUCUCUUUUACAAAUAUGUCUACAAGCGGUACAGGGCUGGCAAGCAGAGGGGAAUGAUAAUUGAACAUGAAGGGGACAGGCCAUCUUCCAAAACAGAAAUUGAAAUGGAUGGGAAAGUGGUCAACUCUCAUGUUGACAAUUUCCUAGAUGGUGCUCUGGUUUUGGAAGUGGAUGAGAGGGACCAAGAUGACGAGGAAGCUAGGCGGGAGAUGGCGAGGAUUCUGAAGGAACUUAAGCAGAAGCAUCCAGAGAAAGAAAUUGAGCAAUUAAUAGAAUUAGCCAACUAUCAAGUCCUAAGUCAGCAGCAAAAAAGCCGAGCGUUUUACCGGAUUCAAGCUACUCGCCUGAUGACUGGAGCUGGCAACAUCUUGAAGAGGCAUGCAGCUGACCAAGCAAGGAAGGCUGUCAGUAUGCAUGAAGUCAACAUAGAAGUGGCUGAAAACGACCCAGUGAGUAAGGUCUUCUUUGAACAGGGAACAUACCAGUGUCUAGAGAACUGUGGGACUGUGGCUCUCACCAUUAUCCGCAGAGGGGGCGACUUGACCAACACUGUGUUUGUUGACUUCAGAACAGAGGACGGCACAGCCAAUGCUGGGUCUGAUUAUGAAUUCACUGAAGGGACUGUAGUCUUCAAACCCGGGGAGAUGCAGAAGGAAAUCAGAGUCGGCAUUAUUGAUGAUGACAUCUUUGAAGAGGAUGAAAACUUCCUUGUACAUCUAAGCAAUGUCAGGGUCUCCUCCGAAGCUUCAGAAGACGGUAUCCUGGAAGCCAAUCAUAUUUCUACGCUCGCUUGUCUUGGGUCACCCUGCACGGCCACUGUAACCAUUUUUGAUGAUGACCAUGCAGGCAUCUUUACAUUUGAGGAACCAGUGACUCACGUGAGUGAGAGCAUUGGCAUCAUGGAGGUGAAGGUUUUGAGAACAUCUGGAGCUCGAGGAAAUGUUAUCGUUCCCUAUAAAACCAUUGAAGGGACGGCCCGAGGUGGAGGGGAGGACUUCGAGGACACAUGUGGAGAGCUCGAAUUCCAGAACGAUGAAAUUGUCAAAACAAUUGCAGUCAAGGUAAUUGAUGAUGAGGAGUAUGAGAAAAACAAGACCUUCUUCAUUGAGAUUGGAGAACCCCGUCUGGUGGAGAUGAGUGAGAAGAAAGCCCUGUUAUUGAAUGAGCUUGGUGGCUUCACAUUAACAGGAAAAUGCCUGUAUGGCCAACCUGUCUUCAGGAAGGUUCAUGCUAGAGAUCAUCCGCUUCCCUCCACUGUAAUCAGCAUUUCAGAGGAGUAUGAUGACAAGCAGCCACUGACUAGCAAAGAGGAGGAGGAGAGGCGCAUUGCAGAAAUGGGGCGCCCCAUCCUGGGAGAGCACACCAAGCUGGAGGUGAUCAUCGAAGAGUCUUACGAAUUCAAGAGCACUGUGGACAAACUCAUUAAGAAGACAAACCUGGCCCUUGUGGUGGGAACAAACAGCUGGAGGGAACAAUUCAUUGAAGCCAUCACUGUCAGCGCUGGGGAAGAUGACGAUGACGAUGAAUGUGGGGAGGAAAAGCUGCCUUCCUGUUUUGAUUACGUGAUGCACUUUCUCACUGUGUUCUGGAAGGUUCUGUUUGCCUUCGUCCCCCCUACAGAAUACUGGAAUGGCUGGGCCUGUUUCAUUGUCUCCAUCCUCAUGAUUGGCCUCCUCACAGCCUUCAUUGGAGAUCUGGCUUCCCACUUUGGCUGCACCAUUGGCCUGAAAGAUUCUGUGACUGCAGUUGUGUUUGUCGCUCUUGGAACCUCGGUGCCAGACACAUUUGCCAGCAAAGUAGCAGCCACCCAGGACCAGUACGCAGAUGCAUCCAUAGGCAACGUCACUGGAAGCAACGCUGUGAAUGUCUUCCUGGGAAUUGGUGUGGCCUGGUCCAUUGCUGCCAUCUACCAUGCAGCCAAUGGGGAACAGUUCAGAGUGUCCCCUGGCACACUAGCUUUCUCUGUCACUCUCUUCACCAUUUUUGCAUUCAUCAACGUGGGGGUGCUGCUGUACCGGCGGAGGCCAGAAAUAGGAGGUGAGCUGGGUGGGCCCCGGACUGCCAAGCUCCUCACAUCUUCCCUGUUCGUGCUCCUGUGGCUCUUGUACAUUUUCUUCUCCUCCCUGGAGGCCUACUGCCACAUAAAAGGCUUCUAA